AUGAGCUUUUUGUCAGCGGCAAAAGCACUUCUGCCUGCUUCCAGUUUCGCGAGUUCGGCGGUCGCUUUGGCUGCACUCUCGAGAAUAGGGAAACACUUUGAACGAGACUCAAGGAUGCUCGUAAUUCGAGCUGCAACAUCUUGGUGCGUCUCUUUGGUUUCUGCAAAUGGAAAGGAGAGUAAUGAAAAAUCCAUAUAUUAAUUUUUCGCGGUCUGGUGUGAAAUUACCGUCGGAAAAAUCAGCCGCCGACAAAACGACAGCAUCCAAGGCGGAGGAAAGUGCAUCUUCGGAAUCGCAUGUUUUCAGCAGCUCGAGGAGCGCAGCCAGCGAACGUUUUUUGCUCGGUUCUGAAAUCGAAACAAAAAUAGACAAUUUUUUCGAAAGGACGAGCCCGUCGAACGCCCACCUGUCAUUUGCAAAAGUUGUUCAUCAACCAGAAGAUCAAAAGCAUCAAAGCGCCGCCCUUAGCCGAAGUGCACCUUGGCGCCGCCCAAACACCUGCAGUGAGUGCAAAUUGGCAACAAUUCCAGCACUCGGCGCGCGCAGCAGUUGGCAGCUCUGCGCGCAGCAGUGCCAGCAGUGCGGUUCUCCAUCGAAAGGCGCCAGUUGCGCCGUUUCAAAAUCGAUGCGAAGACGAUGUGCGGCAGCCGACUGCGAUCCUGCGGUGCCGAAAAUAAUGCAGACGAAGUGCUCCAUUGAGAAGAAUUUGACGUCGCAAGUGGCCAAGCCGCAGAAGGUCUCGGGCCCGCCGUUUUAUGCAACGCCGCCGAGCAAGAAGACGAGCGCCGAGAUUAUCAACGAGGCCAGGGCGGCCGUCGGCCUCCGCGUCGGCAUGAAGGCCGUCAGCACCAAGAGGCCCUUCACGCCGAGGGACAAGCAGAGGAGUUUGUUCGGCAAAAACCGCGGGUCUCAAAGACCCCCGAGUAGCAUUUCCAGUUUGAGUUUGCACGUGGAAGAGGAAAGUGGUCCUUGGGGUAUUCGGCUGCCGUUGAUUUCACAGAGGGAGGCGAAGCACCACAAGAGCAGGGCGCAGCAACCAUUGAGCAAACUUCCAUUGGACUCGAUCAAGAAAAAUAAUAGCAAACCGCUAGAAUCGUUGUCUGUCGGGGCGUUGAUCGCCGAAAGUCAGAAGCAGGCUGAGGGCCAAAGCUGCGCAAAUGACGACACCAGCGAUGAGAUCCAGUCGCUCAUCAAAGUUAUGCAAAUAUUGGCUGCAGACGGUGGAGAUGCGAAGGAAAUAGAAGCAACGCUGCGAAAAGUUUACAAUGCAUGUGAGCGGGCAGAAAUGCUCGGGCGCCGACAAACGUCCAACCCUACUAGGGCGCACUUGCUGCAGACGUUAUUUUUAUUUGUGGAAAAUGACGAGCAAAGGGUGCAAAUGCAAGUGGCUCGAAUUCUCCUGGGACUCCAAGUCAUGGGUUCGAAUUUAAGCGCCGUCUGCAAAUUACUCUUCAAAGUUUCAAGGAGCGACCAAAAUGACAAAUUAUUUCUGGAGGAUAACGUCCUAGAAUUGCUUUUGGAGCGACUCGGCGCGGCCAGCUUGUUGGAGGACUCGGAGGCCUGCGUUUACGGCUACGGCGCUUUGAAGUGCAUCACUCUUGAGCCGCGAAUUGUAGCCCGUGUUCGCGAGCUUGGUGGUUUGGCCCUGAUGGUUCUGCACCUGAAGCUGACCAACCUGAUGGCCCACGAAGGAUCAAGUGUCCCUGAAAAGGUACAACCGGCCCUUUUCCAGCUGACAGGCGCCCUUCGACACAUGGCCGGCGACCAGACCGGUCUGCCCUUCUUGGCCAGCUGCGGUGCCGUGGCCCAGCUCUGUCGAACCCUGCAACUCUUCCCGAACGACCCUGACCUGGUGACCAACGUCGUGCGCACCUUGAGCAUUGCCUCGAUGGACGAGACCUGCUGCGACGCCAUUGUGGCCCAACAGGGCAGCCUGAAGAAUUUCGUUUUCCUCCUGCAGAAGUACCCUGAGCGUCAGGACCUGGUGGUCAGGUUGAGCUACGCCCUGGGUAACCUGAUGGCCCGCAGCGAGCACGCCAGGAACCAACUUUUGGGCGAGGAAGGCACUCGGACUGCGGUGCUGUCCGUCCUUGAAAGGUGCUACCAGGAGGACCAACGAGGUGCAGCCUCUGCUCUGCAUGCCACCGAGGACGUCCUGGUCAAGGUCCUCCGAGUGGUGGCCAACGCCAGUUUGAGUGAGACCGUCGGUCCCGGCCUUGCAGAUAGUCCUGAGGUUUUGUCCGCCAUCCACGGGGUGCUGACCAACCAGGCGGCGUCUGAAGAGCUCCUCCUGGGCGCCCUUUUGACCUUGAACAACCUUUCCUUCUACCCGAGUGCCGUCGAGUCGCAACUGGCUGAGCAGCAGCUUGUGUUUGCCGAGGACCUUCUGCCACUUCUCGCCAAGGACGUCCCUGAGCCUGUUACAGUGGAGGCACUCAGGGUGUUUGGCAACCUGAGCAGGUGGAAGGACACGCGGAGUUUUUUACUGGAUCAAGAGGGCCUUUCAGACCGAGUUGUGUCUCUAUUGAGUGAGGGUGACCAAGCGAUUCAAUAUGUGGCCAUUGGAGUUCUCGUUAAUUUACUUUCUGACCCAGACGGACGUCCAGCUUUGAGAAAUAUAGGAAUCAUAUCAAAGCUCAUAUCAUUAGUGCAGUCGCAGAACAAUGAUUGGGAACUGGCCUCCCUCACUUGCCAAGCUGUUUGGAACUGUUUGGCAGACAUAUCAGAUCUUUCCAAGAUCAUGGACGAGCAGCAAACGGAUAAAUUAGCAAACACGCUGGCUGAUAUGCUUGAUGAGGAAAAAUUAUUCGGAGUCGAGGAGGGUCAAGAGGUGCCGGAGCACGUAGCAAAAACCUUUGAAUACCAAAUGUGGGACGAGUUUGCCAGUGUGGCAACCAAUUUGCUAGAGAGACUGGAGAGUUUUAUAGACCAAAACUGCAACUAGAUGCCUUUUGAAAGCCUUUGCAUAUUUUGCAACAACGAACCGUGUUUAUUGUCAGUUUGACACAAAUGACUAAUCUUUGAAUAUCGCGCUUGCUAUUUAAGCAGAAAAAAUGCCUAAUAGUUCCAUAAAAUCACAAUGCAUGAAAAUUACGACAUGUAUAUAAAUCACAGAUAACACUCAAUAAUAUUGGAAGACAAUUUUGUGGUUUCCGGUUGAAGCGAUUAUAUGGACAUGCUUACGCGCUACUUUGCCACUGCAGAAACAACUACGUUGGGCUGCUCGAUGUCAGACUUGCUCUGGAUCAGCUGCAACUCCAAAUGCGCCUUGCUUGGUGGUUUCCCGCCAGACAGCACUAAAAUGGUUUUUAAAAGGAUUUGUUAUUGUUGAAAAAAUAAAA